AUGGUUCGUGCAGCUAGGUCGCUCGCAGCCGAUACGGCCGCAGUGCGCGUGUGGCUGUCGUCACGCUCCACCAGUGCAGUCAUUGCGCCUCGUCGUGCGGUCUCUGCCUCGCUGCCUUCUUCGCGCGCGUUCCCCAUCGCCACCGCUUCUCUCGGGCGCAGCUUCCACACGUCGCGCACUGCGUACGAUGCGCCCAAGUCGCCGUUCGCCGUGUUCGUCGACACGCUCAAGGCGGAGCUGCGCAAGAACCAAGAACUGCAAGAAAACAUGCGCCAGCUCUCGGGCGACGUGGGCAAGAUGCAGGACAGCGAGACGAUGAAGAAGAUGCGCGACGCCUACGAGCGCGCGCGCAUCAUCACGUCCAUCAAGGAGAACCCGCGGCUCCAAGCGGCUGCCGACGCGCUGCGCAAGUCCGGUGGCCAGGUGGGCGAUGCGGUGGGUGCCACGCUCAAGCAGAUGGAGGAGAGCGAGCUGGUCAAAGGCCUCGGUGCGAUCUCGAGCCGCCUGGCGCGUCAGCUCGAAGACUCUACCGCCCCCAUCCGCAAUACUGAGGCGUACAAGCAGCUCAGCGAUACGCUUACCGAGGCGUUUGACGACGGCGGAAGCGCGCUCCGCAUCUAUGUGGACAAGGACAAGGACGCCGCCGAGGUGCGCAGGAUCAAGCGCGAGGCCCGACUGCGCAAGAUCGGAAGACCGAUGCCCUCCAAGGAUGUCGACUCCAAGGAGGCGGCGGACGAGGUGCUCAAGAGCUACGCCGCCAAGGAGGAGGCUGAUAUUGCAGCAGCUGAGGCGGAGGCGGCCGCAGAGGCCGAGGCCGAAGCUAAGCCGCAGCAGCAACAAGAGCAGCCCAAGCAGGAGGAUGCGAAGCCCGAGCCAUCCAGCGGUGCGUCCGAAUCGGCGUCCACAUCGGCGCCUGCUGCCGAUCCAGCCUCCGGACGCAGCAAGCCUGCCAAGAAGCCGGCGGGCUAUGCGGUGCGCGUGCGUGCGGUGACCGAGAAUGCGUCGGCAGGCCAGGCGCUGGUGCUGCGACCCGAGCCGGCGUACAAGCAGGCGUGGGCGUCGUUCAAAUCGUCCAACCCGCUCUUCCGCCGGCUCGGCGAGAUGCAAGAGGCGUACCACGAGUCGGAGAACCCCGUGAUUGAGCGUUUCCGCGGCGUGACCGAUUGGUUCGGCUCGCUGUUCGACGAGAACGACUUUGCGCGCGUCACGAGGCACAUGAAGAUGCACGAUCCGUCGUUCACGCUGGAGAACUUCCAGCGCGAGUUGAGGGAGUACGUUGUGCCCGAGCUGAUCGACGCCUACCACGGGGCGGCGAGGCAUCUGUUGCGACAGUGGUGUGGCGAGGCGACGUACAACCUGUUGAUGGCUACGGUGGAUCCGUACCUGCAGAAGGGGUGGAUUCCCGAGGGAAGGUUGUUGGAUUUGAAGCAGGUGGAGAUCAUCCAGGCCAAGGUGUUGGAUAACAACGUGCCGGUGCUGGUGGUCAGCUUUACCACGCAGGAGCUGAUGUUCUUUACGGAUCCGAAGAGCGGAGAGGUCAAGGCGGGGAAUGAUAAGCAGCCGGACCUGUGCAGGUAUGCGCUUGUGCUGACGAGGGAAGAGGAGGGGCUGGAUAACGAGGUGACCGGUGGAUGGAAGGUGGUCGAGUUGGCUAGGAGGGGUCAGUCGGCGUAUCUGUAG